AUGUAUGAACCAAUUGGAGAUAGUCAUUCAAGAAAUGAAAAAGAAUAUCUUGAUCAAGAUUUAAGUCCAAUUAUAAGUGUAUACCAACCAGUUGCAUAUUUCAAUUCAUUCGAUAAUUUCAACAAUUCUGAACCAUCUGGAAGUAUUCUCAGUCAAAUUGAUUACUAUAUUGGUCAUAUGGUUGUAACACACAACGACUCAAAGAAAACAAUGACAAAGACCUAUUGUCAGUACACCGAUAAAUCCGAUAACCAAACUCGUAUCGUUUUGAUAAAGAUGAUAAUCGAUUAA